AUUGUUAGUCUACGGAACGUCAAGAUAUAAAGUUUGAGAGAUUUAUAAUUCUUAAUAAUGGUCGUGUAAAGUGCCGGUAUUCUUCCAUAAAAGUUCGUUUUAUCGUUACAUGUGGUGUUACAACAUGGCGUGGGUUCCAUUAGAAUCAAAUCCCGAGGUUAUGACGAAGUUUUUGCACAAAUUGGGUGUUCCCGAGCAAUGGAACAUGAUUGACAUUUAUGGUUUAGAGCCAGAUUUAUUGGCAGUUGUGCCCAGACCAGUUUUGGCAGUUAUUUUGCUUUAUCCUGAAUCAGUAAAGACCGAGGUACAAAACAAAGAAGACGAAGAAACUAAAUCAAAGGAUAAUGGAAAGGAUAGACCAGAUGGCGUUUAUCACAUGAAACAGAUCAUUUCCAAUGCAUGUGGUACGGUCGCAUUAAUUCAUAGCGUGGCAAAUAAUAUGGAAGAGAUAAAUCUUAAAGAGGGAUUUUUAAAAUCUUUCUUGGACGAUUCGAAGGAUCUUUCUUUUGCCGAACGCGGAGAACUUUUGGUUAAUGCUCAAGGUAUCAUCGAUACGCAUAAAGAAUCUGCUCAAGAAGGACAAACGGAGGCUCCCGAGGAGGACACUCCGGUGUAUUAUCAUUUUGUUGCAUUUGUACGAAAGAACGGAACGCUGUAUGAAUUAGAUGGUCGUAAACCUGCUCCUGUCGAUCACGGACCAACUACACGAGAGACAUUGUUGGAAGAUUCUGUCCGUGUUUGUAAAGAAUACAUGGCACGUGAUCCAAGUGAAAUGCGCUUCACCGUUGUCGCUCUUGCUGCCAGUUAUUAAAGAACAUUUCCUUUUCUAAUAUUCAAAUAUACACGUAAACAUGCUUGAUGCUAAUUUAUUUUCUAUGAUAGUUAUGUAGUUCGCUUGGGCAAUUCAUUUGUUAUAUCUUUAUCAUUUUUUUAGGUUUUUACAUUGUAUGUCCUAUAAUAAUCAAAGAGGAACAAAAUACUGAUCAUA